GAAUUAGUUUGUUCCUCCGGCCAUGGAAUCAUUUUACCUACCCCCUACCUUAGAUGCUUUUACCCACCCAACCCCCAUCCCUUCUUCACCAUAACAUAACCCGUGGGAUUUGUCCUGCCUUGUGUUCUUGCGACUUCAAAUCCAAAUUAACACAACCCUCCUAAAUUUUCUGCCUCACAAUUUCAUUGAAAAUACAAAAUCAAUCCCAGUAACAUCGCUUCACGUUUCAUGACAAAACCUAGGAGUAGGAAUAUAUUUAAUUUAAUAUAAUAAAUACUACUAAUUACGUAAUUAGUUAUAAUUUGUUUUUACAAAAGUUGCAAAAAUAGUUGUCGUAUAUGGAAGGGACUAGAACCAGAAGUGGAGGAAGGAACAUCAUCUUCAAAUCACAUUCCCUUGAUUGAUGUGUUUACUUCGUUCGUCUCACAAUUAAUCAUCGAUUCAUAAAUGUUGUUUACCUCUUCUUCUCACUCUCUUUUUUCUCGUCAAUCUUUUCUUCCAAUUAAACCUUUUCCUCGUACCCCGACACUCCGUCCUUUUCCUACAACAACCACUAUUCGGAUCUCUAAUUCUCGUAUCAAUCCUCCAAACAACAAAUUGAGUAUUUUGUGCUUUAGGCAUGAAGAGCAACAUUCUCCGGAAACGCCCAAACCUGAGAUUAUAGACCACUGUCUUCUUGAGGAAUUGGUGCAGUCUGAAUCCAAGGACCCUGAUGUCACCAAAAGAAGAGACUGGUGGUCAAUCCUUCCGAAGGCUGCAAAUGAAGUAUUCAAUGGGAUUGGUAAACGAUGGGUUGUACCAUGGUCGGCAAUCACAAUAUUAAAAGUUAUGCUUCUUUGGACAUCAGCAUUUUGGUUCAUAGGAUCUUGGAUGAUUCCUUUUGCAGCCCAUAUAACUGGCUUUAGCAAGGAUUCUUUGACAUUUAGAGGACAGGCACUAUUUAGCCUCGUCACUGAUGUAACCGAAGGACUAGCUGGAAUUGCAAUUCUUGUCCGCUGCCUCUCUCGGUUUCGUCCCCUUCCACCCGACUGGUUCAAGUUUAGCCCCGAAGGGAAAUGGCAUUUAGAUGUCGUCAUGGGGUGCCUCAUGUUUCCUCUUGUCAAUCGGCUCUCUCAGUUCAACCUUGACAUACUACCUAUCUUACCAUCAACACAGAUCACCCUUUCAAGCGUUGAACAGUCAAUAAAAGCAAGGGAUCCUGUGGCUAUGUUAUUGUAUGCAAUUGUAGUAACGGUCUGCGCUCCUGUGUGGGAGGAAAUAGUUUUCCGCGGUUUUCUACUCCCAUCUCUUACCAAAUAUAUGCCUGUAUGGUGUGCGAUACUGAUAAGCUCAGUUGCGUUUGCGCUUGCACAUUUUAACAUACAGAGAAUGUUGCCGCUUAUAUUUCUUGGGAUGGUCAUGGGUGUGAUAUUUACGCGGUCAAGAAAUUUAUUGCCAUCAAUGCUGUUGCAUAGUCUUUGGAAUGGAUUUGUCUUUUUAGAUUUGAUGAAAUAGCUUCUUUAAACUUAUGAUGAUUCUUUAGUAAGCAGGUAGUAGGUUAUUAUUGUAGAUAGCAGUGCAUGCUAGAACAGUACCUAAUUAUUAAGGUACAAUGAUCAAAUGUAUGUGUAAUGGAUUCUUGCAAUUGUAUAUUAUAAAAAUCAGGGACUUGUCUA